AUGGAUUUUUUAUAAGACCCUAAAGGAGAUAGAUAAGUAAAUACAAUACCAACCCCACCUCAUAGACCAUUAAGUGAAGAGUUAUUGUUUAUAGAUGACAAACCAAACUGGAAACUAUUAAAAGAACAUCUUUUCAAGGAGGGAAGAAUAACAAAGAACUAAUUAUUGAGAAUAGUAGAUAUGUGCAAUUAUCAUUUAAAAAACGAAGGUAACGUGAUUUAUGUGGAUGAUCCGCUUACUCUUGUUGGAGACAUUCAUGGACAAUAUUAUGAUUUGAUGAAAAUUCUUGAAUUAGGAGGGGAUCCAGAAUAAGGAAAAUAUGUAUGAGUAUUUGUGUAUUUACAUGUUUUUUUAGGUGAUUAUGUUGACAGAGGGUCAUUUUCAAUAGAAGUAGUGGUUUUAUUGUACGCAAUGAAGAUAUAUUAUCCUACAAGAGUGUUCCUUCUUAGAGGAAAUCAUGAAUGCAAAUAAUUAACAAGUUACUUCAAUUUUAGAGAUGAAUGUUUAUAUAAAUAUGACCAAGAAGUCUAUGAAGCCAUUAUGGCAUCUUUCGACAAUAUGCCUUUAGUGGCUUUAAUAAAUAACAAAUUCUUAUGUUUACAUGGAGGCAUAUCUCCAGAUCUAAAAUCAGUAUAAAUAGAAUAAAAUAUAAUUAGUUAGCAGAUGUUGAAAGAAUAGAUAGAUUCAGAGAACCACCAAAGGCAGGAUUGUUUUGUGAUAUAUUAUGGGCCGACCCAGUUGAAAAUGAAGAACUUUAUGAUGAAAUUCAUUAUAGAGGCAAUGAUACUAGAGGAUGCAGUUGGUUUUUUGGAGAAAAGGCAGUCUAACCAUUCUUAGAUAAUAAUAAGUUUAUCUGUUUAAUAAGAGCUCAUGAAGCUUAAUUAGAAGGGUAUAGAUUGUACAAAUACAAUGAAAAAAUAAAAGAAUUUCCUCAAGUAUUGACUAUAUUUAGUGCUCCUAAUUAUUGUGAUGUCUAUAAUAAUAAGGCAGCUAUCUUAAAAUUUGAAAAUUGUACACUUAACAUAUCUCAAUUUGGUUAUUCUUAACAUCCUUAUUUAUUACCUCAUUUUCUUGAUAUUUUUUCAUGGUCAAUACCAUUUGUUACUGAAAAAGUAACAGAGAUGCUUAAUUAUGUAUUACAACCAAGACCUGGUGAGAAGAUUGAAGAUUCAGAUAAGGAAAUACAAAAUGCUAAAGUGAUUUCAAAUUAAUAAACAUUGGGAUAACCAUCAUCAAACAAUCGUCCAUUAGGCAAAUUACAAUAAAUGACAUAAAAAUAAAUUGAUAUUACCAAAUCAAAAAUCUCAUUUGUUUCCAAAAUGAUGAAAAUGCAAACUGUACUCAGGUAAGAAAGAGAAAAUAUAAUAAAACUUAAAGGCUUAUGUCCGGAUAAACGUAUUCCUAGAGGAGUCUUAUUAUAAGGAGCUGAAGGAAUAAAAGAUGCACUUGAACAUUUCAAUACAACUAGGGCUGCUGAUAGAAUCAAUGAAAAAUGGCCAGAAACUAAAUGA